GCUCCUUGGCAUUCCGUAAAUAAUGCUUUUGAUACUACCUAAACGUUAACUGUUUGAAUCCAAUCGAAUAUCAGUACCUCAAAAGCGCAUGCUAGUCAAUAGCGAAUUUUGGUGCAAUGCAGUCCCCUAAAAAGAAUGACAAAGUGUACUGACAGCAUUUUAAUUCUUGUUAGUGGCCGAAGAAUCAACUGGACAAGUGGCGUGUUUGAAAGUAAACUCAAGCGUAGGAAACAGUACCAACAAGUUUCAGACCCAACCAAGGGAUGCAGAAAAUUAGAAACAACAGGGGCUGGUUCUGCCUUCGACAGUGCUUUCACGAUCUGAGAAGCCAAGAUGGAUGCCUUUUGGAGCGAAUGUUACGUGCGCACAUUUCGUCGGAAGCCUUUUUAUGCUUAACCAGAACAAGCUGUUUGUAGACAAACGGGAGUGAAAAAGUCGUUUGAUGUGCCAGUGUCUCUGCACUGAUGAUAUGUACAUAUGUUUAUGUGCAUCUUCUGUUCUGUAACCUGUGCACUCAGCUCCUUUAGCUGAGGUAAAACACUUUGUGUUGUACCUAAAUUAGCGUCGAUUCUAAGUGUCGACUAGCGUGCGAGCAUAAAUGAUGCCGUGAGGUGGUGGGAAGCCUUCAAGUUUUAGAUAUGAGCGGCGAGCUUAAGAGAGCAGAAAGUUUGGUUGCUUUCACAAAGCAUAUGUUUGAGCGGUACAAACAUGACGAUGGUAGCUCAUUGUUGAUGCAGAAUCAGGUGUCGACAUUAUCGAGUUUCGAGGACCCAGUCGAACUGGCUGUGUUUCAAGAGCUACGUGAAAUGAUUCAUUUUAAAAACGAGUUUGAAAUAGCUCGCUUUACUCCAACCCGGAUGGAAUACUGGCAAUCACCCGUAAAUGUUCAGGCCUUUCAUUUCGGCGCCAGUGACAUCAAGAAACCAUCAUCAUUCCCAGCAAUAGUAAAAGCAACAGCACAUAUCACGUCUACCGCUCAGCCCCAGCAAGAUAUUACGUUCCCGGCAGAUCCGGUCAAUGACGCCGAAUUUUACAGAUUACAGAAAAAGGUCUGCCUGCCUGUGAGUCACCGUCUCAUAAUGGAAAACAGCUUAAUGCGUUGCGAGGCAUCAGACCACGAGAGUAAUGCGGAGGAUAUACCCAGUGAUGACGACUUUGAGGAACUUCUGACAGAGACGUUACAGCCGUUACCGCUCGAUCAAAUGGAGCCAGACGACAUGGGGGCUUCUAUGGACGAAAGUGCGCCUGGGUCUACUACCACUAGUUCAUCAUUUUCUGAAGACAAAUCGAUGGACACUGUCAUACAUGUAAAGAAUAUCAGCUGUAAAUUUCAGUCCAGGACACAGCUUGAGAAGGCGGAAAGCGUCAUGCUAGGCUUAGUUGGAGACGCUGCUUGUUCGAAAUCAAAUAACGAUGCGAACAAUAGGAAAGAUCAUAAAAACUUCCAUAUAGCAAACGAUUCGAGCGUAGUGAUUUAUUCCGAAUUCAGACCGACUUCAAAUUCAACCUUGCAUGAACAAUCAACUGGUAACGAACUUAGAAGAGAUAACAAGAGCGCCUUAACGUUGGCUCAGAGACGACUGCAGAAAUUAAAUAUUGUUGUGCCAACGCUAACAGAAGAACAAAAAAGUCAAAGACAGGCUAUGCUCACAUCGAUCGGGAAAGAUUUUUCGCAGGUUUCGAAGCAGCUUCAAAGCAGGCGUAGUCUCAGCUGUUUCGUUCAAUGGGAAAAAAUGACAAAUUAACAGUUACGAAGCAUCUGACAAUGCAUAUUAUGGUCGAGAUACGAUGAAAACGGCGAAGAAACUUAGCUGAGGCGAGACUUCGCAACCAAUAGCUUUAAUUUGUAUGAAAAUAAUCUAGAAAUCAUAAAGUGCUAUUUCUUAACAAAACAAAGCUACAUAAAGUUUUAAGUUAGUUUUGUUUUUCAUGCACUGUUAUUCACUCAAUUUUAUUUAAAACAUUGUUAUUUUUAUUAGGGUUCAAACAAAUACCCGAAGCUGUGAAAAUGUUUAAGCAAAAGCUUUUGCUAGAGGACGCGCAGUAGCCAAUUCGGUAUUGCGUAAUGCACGAACAGCUACGUUCGCUACAACUAAUCUGUGAUAUGUUUUUGUGUUUGUUGCAAAAUAAAAUGUAUUAUUAAUACUACGCUCAUAUCGAACGCAUGUCCACUAUUAUCGCUACAUAAUGAAGACUCUUCGUACUGAAAAGCAGGGAUACAUUUCCUUUGGUUUUAUGUUCUUUACUUUCCGAAUCCUUGGUGCGCUCGACAGUCUAAUGAAAAAAAAUUUUGGAAAAAUUUCCAUAGAUAGAAUUCGGGUGGCUGUUAUUGUUUUUUAAUUAUGUCUUUACUGAAUAUUUUUGAUGUUUUUGACAAACUGACAACAAUCUAUGAAAAAGUUUCUUAGCAUAAAGCC